AACAAACUCACCCUUCUCCCCUAUUUCUUCUUGAUGGAUCUCUCUCUAUUUCCAGCCUUCGCAAUCAUCUUCAUCUUCCUUGCUUACGAACUCUACCAACACUUGAGAUUUAAGCUCCCACCAGGCCCAUACCCUUGGCCGAUCAUCGGCAACCUAUACAGCAUAAAAACUGUAAGAUGUCGGUGUUUCGAGGAGUGGUCGCGGGCUUACGGCCAGAUCAUAUCGGUGUGGUUGGGUUCAACACUAAACAUUGUAAUAUCCAGCUCAGAAUUGGCCAGAGAGGUUCUCAAGGAGAAUGAUCAGCACUUAGCAGAUAGGCAUAGGACUAAAACAGCAGCUAAACUUAGUAAAGAUGGGAAGGACCUCAUAUGGGCUGAUUAUGGUCCACAUUAUGUGAAACUUAGGAAGGUCUGCACCCUGGAACUUUUUGCCCCCAAGAGCCUUGAAGCUCUCAGACCCAUCAGAGAAGAUGAAGUUAAAGCCAUGGUUGAAUCCAUUUUUAAACACUGCAGCGGUCCUCAUCAUCAUAAUCAAGCAAGAACCUUGCUGUUGAGAAAUUACGUGGGACAAGUCGCUUUAAACGUUGUCACGAGGCUUGCAAUUGGGAAGAGGUUUGUGAAUCCGGAGCGCUCAAUGGACAAGGUAGUGCUAGAGUUCAAGGCUGUGUUGGCCGAGGAACGGAAGUUGGGAGCAUCAGUUCCCCUGGGGGAGCACAUCCCAUGGCUCCACCGGAUUUUACGCCAAGACGAAUCGGCCUUCGCCCGCCACGAGGCUAGGAAAGACCGCCUUAUCCAGGCAAUCAUUGACGAGAACAGACCCAGUGAGGCUAGCCAGAAGCAUCAUUUCCUAGAUGCAUUGCUCAGCCUCCAAAAGCAAUAUGACCUCAGUGAGGAGACCAUUGUUGGACUGCUAUGGAACAUGAUCAAUGCAGGUGCUGACACAACAGCAAUCUCUGUCGAAUGGGCAAUGGCUGAGGUGAUCAGGAACCCUAGUGUGCAGCAGAAGGCGCAAGAGGAGCUAGACCGGGUGCUCAAGCCAGCUGAUCAGAUACUUACCGAGUUGGACUUCUCCAGCCUCCCUUACCUACAAUGCGUGGCGAAGGAGGCGCUCCGGCUGCACCCUCCAACACCACUAAUGCUGCCCCACAAGGCGAAUGCUAACGUUAAGAUCGGCGGCUAUGAUGUCCCCAAGGGAUCCAUUGUCCACGUCAAUGUUUGGGCCAUCGGUCGCGACGCGGCCGUGUGGCAAGACCCACUAGCGUUCUGGCCAGAGCGCUUCCUUGAGGAGGAUGUGGGCAUUAAAGGGCAUGAUUUCCGGUUGCUCCCCUUUGGCUCCGGCCGGCGGAUGUGCCCUGCAGCGCAGCUCGGCUUCAACUUGGUGGUGUCAAUGCUGGGGCACUUACUGCAUAACUUUCGGUGGACGCCCGCGGAGGGGGUGGAAGCUGAGGAGAUUGACAUGCUUGAGAGCCACGGGCUAGUGUCCUACAUGCGAACUCCCCUUCGGGCUGUGGCUACUCCCAGGCUACCUGAGCAUUUAUACAAACACAUGGUGGUGCCUAUGUAACAUGAGUUGUGAAGUUUGCAACAAACUAUAGAUGCUUUCUUCUAAAUUUUGGGUGGAGGCUGAUGGAUUUUUCGAGUUGUUUCUCCAAUUCAUUGAGGAUCGAGAGAAAACAGAGUGGAGAACCUCCCUCAGAAUUCACACUAGUUGAAUGGUCUUCCACACAUGUUUAAUAAAUGUGAUAAAAUCCUGGUUCUAAAACACAGGCUUAGGGUUCAGAUCUUUGAUUUGGAUUGUAUAGAGUUAGUAAAAUGCAAAAUUCCUUUUAAAUUUAUAUAAAUAUAAUUUAAAGGUAAGAAAUAUAAAUAAAGUCAAAUAAAUUUAAAACACA